AUGAACAGAGAAGACAAAAUGGCCAACCUGACUUCUAUAUCCCAGUUCCUGCUCCUGGAAUUCUCCGAGAUCCGAGAACUGCAGGUCUUACACUUCUUUGUGUUCCUAACAAUAUACUUGAUAGCCAUAACUGGGAAUCUUAUCAUGUUUGCUGUAAUAGCCUUUGAUCACCAUCUUCAUACCCCCAUGUAUUUUUUCCUAAUGAACUUGGCAGUAUUGGACCUUGCAUCUGUAUCUGUUAUAGUACCCAAAGCUCUAGCUAAUUCCCUCACAAACAGCAGAUCGAUUUCUUAUUCAGGAUGUGUUGCUCAAGUUUUCUUUUAUUUUGCCUUUCAGUCUUCAGAUUAUGCCAUUCUAACAAUAAUGGCAUAUGACCGUUACGUUGCUAUUUGCAAUCCACUACAAUAUGAGACACUUAUGCACAAAGGAGCCUGUAUUCACAUGGUCUUCGGUGCGUGGGUUAGUGGAGUCCUCAAUGCUAUAUUACAGACUGCAGGCACUUUCACAAUUACCUUCUGCUCUAACAUUGUCAAUCAGUUCUUUUGUGAAAUCCCACAGUUAUUAAAGCUUUCCUGCAAUGACUUGUACCUAAUUGAAGUUGGGUUUCUUUUAUUUGGUUGUAGCUUGGGGAUAGGUUGUUUUACCUUUAUUGUCAGAACUUAUAUACAGAUCUUUUCUACAGUUCUCCGAAUCCCUUCUGUGCAAGGUCAGAAAAAAGCCCUCUCCACUUGCAUUCCCCAUAUUACUGUGGUUUCUUUGCUUGUGUUCACUGGACUCUUUGUCUAUGCAAGACCUCCCACUGACAUUUCAUCUUAUCUAGCUAUAGCUUUUUCUGUGAUAUAUGCCAUAAUCCCUCCUUUGCUGAAUCCAUUCAUUUACACCAUGAGAAAUAAGGAAAUACAGACAGCUUUGUGGAAACUGUACAAUUUGGGAUAUUUUUCUAAACUAUCUUCAGUUAAGCUGUUCUAA